UCGAUCACACCCAGAGGCCUUGACACUCCGAGCUCCAUACCUAAUGCGGCUAUAAAAAGAGCUUUCCUCCUCUGAGGAAGGAAGGAACCGCAGACCCUCUCCAACGGAGCAUUUCAUCACACAGCAGAGAGAAAGCAGCAGAGGAGGAGAGGGAUCACAGCGAAGAGUCGCCACUCCGGAAGAUCUGUGGACAAACGGAGGGAGGAAAACAAGAAGAGGGGAGCCCAAAGCGUUUGGAAAAGACUGAAGAUGGUGUGUCUGUGUUGGUUGUUAGUGGUGGUGAUGGCAUUCGUGUGCGUCCCCGGGUCUGGCUCGGUGUGUUGGGACAGCGCCAUCUGCAACGACCUGAGCAACAGGGGAAGGAUACUGGACUGUAUUCACCUCUGCAUGUCCGUGAUCCAAACUGAGCUUCCAGAUCUCAGUGCUUUGGCCCUGAAGAUUAACGAUGACGAUGACAUCUUACUCAGCAUCCUCAUGGCUGCGCUGGCCCCUGAAAACAAGAUAUCAGCUCUGAAAGCCCACAGCGACCAGCGACGGUCCUACUCCAUGGAGCAUUUCCGCUGGGGCAAGCCCUCUGGCCGCAAACGCCGACCUGUAAAGGUUGUCGCCACUUCCCUGGAGGGAGGGGGCUCCUCUGAGGGUGGUCUCCCCUCUCUGGUCCGCAGGCAGCUGAGCAGUGACGCUGAUGAAGCAAUGGGGGACCUGAAUGGGGAAAAUCUUCAAAACCAGGGAUUGGUUCCGGUGAGGGUGAGGGCCAGCUCUAAGUCACACGUCCAGUUGAGCUCGCAGCAGAGGAAAGAUGGGACCUAUCGGAUGAGUCACUUCAGAUGGGGGAGCCCACCUGUCUCUAAACGUAAUGGCAGCUUGACGAAGACGUGGGAGGAGAAACCUCAGAGGCAGCUGGCCAAGCUCUUCAGGAACAUUAUAGCCAAGGAUGUGCAGAGGAUAAUGGGCUAAAUGGAGGAUGGAGAAAAGGGGGAGGGCCGGGUAGUUGAAGGAGUCUAAUAGCCAUUGCAUGUUAGUACCCUCAGAUCUUAAUUUUAAAUUACAGAAGCUUGUCCUUAUCAUCAUUAGCAUGUUGUUGAAUGUCUUUUCUGAACCAAAGGUUUGUCUCAUUUAAAACUUAACAAAAAAUAAGAAACAAGGCAGUUUUAUGAUGAAUAAAAACUAUGACGCACCCACAGGCUGCCUUGACCCUCUUGGUCUGACUGGAAAGCUUUCGGAGGAGUAUUUCUUUCAUGUGGGAAAUGUCACUAUUGAUCCAAAGGUUUCAUAAAAGGAAGCAAACAGAGAAUGCCUUCCCAGGGCAAGAGGUGGGCGUGAAGAAAGUAUUUAAAUGCACAGUAUGUAAUUUCUGCAGCCAGAGGUCUCAGUCAAAACAAAGAAGACAAAGGACACAGUUUGAUGACGAUUACGUGAAGUAGUGUGGGAUCACGGGAGUUGUUGUCUUCACCACUGCCGACGAAAAUCUAUCCGGCACGACGAGGCAGUGCAAGUUUCAUUCACGCUGCGUUUCAUCACGUUCAGCGACUCUGUUUCUCACUCUCUGAUCAUCAUCUGCUGUUUCCUGUGUCGCCACUGACAGGCGGCCACACGCAACACGCCAAUGCCUUGAACAAAGCUACAGAUUUAUCUGGUUUUGAACAUUGUUGCAAACAUUUGGGAUAAAGGAAGUACACAAGUCAACAAAAUAUAUAUGUCGUUUUCAGACAUUUCUAGGUGGAAAUGUUGCAUACUGUGCAUUUAAAAAUCUAAUAAGAAUAAAUAUCAAUAAGAAUAAAUCCAGUUUAUUUACAGAGUGGUGUCUUUUUGUAAAUUAAUAUAAUAUUAAAGAUAAUUCUUUUUGU